AUGGCAAGGGAAUUAGAACGACUGGUAGAAAGCGUAUUUAGAAAACUUUUGAACUUAAUGCUUAAGACAAGGAUAGGCUUUGACAAGCCUGAAGAAGUGGAAAGGAGGAGAUGGAGCAGUAUAUUAUACUUUCCAGGCUUUGAAAAUGAAGCUGAAUUCCUCCUCUUGUCAGAGAAAUCGCUGUUAAGAGAUCGCACUGUCCCCAGAGGCGCUGAGGCAAGCCUAAUUAAGCAGCUCACACACAUACACCGCCGCCCCGCGCAGAGCAGGGCGCAGGCCACGCCGCCCGCCAGGCGUUGCCAAGGGGACUGCAGCACGCCGGUGGCUGCCAUGAGCGGCUCCGGAGCUGGUAGCGGUGAUCCCCGCGGUGCCUCCGCUGCCCCUCGGCUGGCUGACUGGGGCAGCAGAACGGCAGCGGCGGAGGUACCUGGGCGCUGGGGUGCGGCCAGGCCCUGCGUGGGUGGUGGUGGUGUCUGCGGCUGUGAGGCCGCGGCUCACCGUGGCACCGCGUCCCUGGGGAUGAACGGGGGUAAAGGCAGCUCGGGUGUUGAGCCGGGGGUCCGGCCUCGGCGGCUGAGCCUGGCGGGCUGCCGGCGGCUAGACCCCUGCAAAGCGCCCGCGGGGCCUGCUGGGAGCCCCCGAAGCCGGCGUGCCUCGCCGUACGGCAGGCGCGUAAAGCGGGGCGGUAACCAGGGGGCGCACGGGAAGACAGAAAGGGAAUCUCCUGAUCAUGUUCUUUUGGACAUUCCUGUCACUAGAGAGCAGAUGAAUCGCUAUAGAACUGCAGCUGAAACUGCUCAAAGUGAGCUUGCAGCACUUUCAGUGAAGUAUGAGUCUGCUCGGUCAGAGCUUCUUGAACUCAGGUCCAGAAUGGUCUCUAAAGAAGCCUCUUUUCAAGAACUGAAGGCUGAAGCUGAAACAUACAAGGAAAAUAAUGCUAGACAGAUGUCUCUCUUGCUGUCUUUGCAAACACGAAUUCAAGAGAUGGAGGAGGAGGUGUGUGAGCUCACUGCUUCUAAAAACCAGGCUGAGUUGACAGCUCAGGUAGCAUUCAAGGAAAACUGGGACCUGAAAGAGAAGCUUCAUGAGCAAGAUACCAAACUGAAUAAAUAUUUGAAUGAAUGUGAAGAAAGCAUGACUCAAGCUUCUAAAAUCAGCAGAAAGUAUGAAGAGCUCCUUAAACAGCUUUCUGGAUUCUUGGACACAGACAUCAGAGAAAAAGAGAAACCACAGGAAUAUUUAAUGUCAAAGGUCUCUGAAAUAUGUAAAGAAAAUCUAACACUAAAAGACCAGGUUUCUGCUCUUCAAGAAGCUAUCAAUGUCCAUGAGGUGGAGUCCAAAGCUAGCAGAGAAACUAUCAUGAAGCUUGUUUCAGAAGUGACCAAGGAGCAGGAACAGGCAGCAGGAUACUAUAAGGACAUGGGAAAACUUAGUAAGUUUCUGAAAUUUCUGGAGCAGCUUAAUGAGAAGAUGCAUCUGGAUAGCCUAGCAGCAGAAGUUGGCUUUGAUAUGAAUGUGGAUGCAAUUCUAGCCCGGGUAGAGCAGUUAGUGAAACUGGAAGGUGAUGCUGUGAUUGAAAACAAGACUAUGGCAUAUAGCCUAAGAAGGAAGCUAAAGACUCAGAAAGAAAAACUUGAAAGCAAAGAGCUGCACGUGAAGCUUCUGCGUCAGAAAAUAACCCAGCUGGAAGAAGAGAAGCAAGUAAGGACUGCCUUAGCUGUGGAGAGGGAUGAGGCUAAUCUUGCUGUCAGAAAGUUGCAUAAAACGAUAGAGAGUAUACAGAAGCAGCUUGAUCUGGCAAGGGAAACAAAUACUGAUCUCAAAGCCAAGCUGUCUGAAACCAGUGAACUCAAGAUCAAAACCUUGGAGCAGAGCAGAACAAUAGAAGAACUCAGUAAGUCUCAAGGCAAAUUGGAAAGAAUGAAAGAGAAGGCUGAGAAACAGCUUGCCUCUGUCAAAUCAGAGCUUCUUUUAAAGGAGCGCGAAGCUACUGAAGAUAAAGAAAAAAACCUGAAUAUGCUAGAAGCAGUUACCAGUGAGAUGAAGGUGCUUAAAACAACCCUUGCAGAAUUAGCAAAAAGAGAGAGACAGCUGGCAGAUUUCCGAGAGGUGGUCUCGCGGAUGCUGGGCCUUGACAUUGCCAGCCUUGCUCUUCCUGACUAUGAAAUCAUUACAUGUCUUGAAGGGUUAAUUCACUGUCAUCAGCACCACCAUUUUCCCUGCAUCUGCCUCAGAGAUGUGGCAGGGGCACCAGAGGAACAACCACAAAGAAACAUACAGCGUCUUCACUGAAACAUGUCUUGUACAGAGAUAGAACAAAGUGAAAUUUUCUUUUAUGCUUCCCUACCUUCUAGACAUGCAUAGAAAACAGAUACUUAUUUCUGUGCCCUUCUCUUACGGAUACUGACUUAGGCUGAUUUUUACUUUUUCAGUAGGGAAACUGAGCCACAUGGGUAGAGUGAAAUCAGCAGCCUAAAGAUAACAAACAGAAAAUCUCUGGGCAGCAUGCUACUGCAGUUAUGAAAAUGACAGGCAAUAUGUGAACAUGUACAGCCCUCCAGUUUCAUUGCAGAAGCAUUGAAGGCGUGGGUCAACUGAGGUGAGGGCACAGUUUUAGGAAGAACUUCCUAUUGACUCAGCUUC